AUGGCCCAGAUACUACGGCCCAUUGAUCUUCCCACAGGGUACCACGAGAUUUUCCUAUUCUUCAUCGUACGAGGAUACGAGCCCACAAUGUCUUUUUAUUGGAGGGAUACGAACCCGACACACAACGAACAGGAAGCAAUGGAUAUCCUUUCGAAGCUACGAGACAUCUGGCGGGACACGCGUGAACGGAUUGCGAAAUCUCAAGAGUUGCAAAUACAGCAAACGAACUGCCAUCGCCGUGAGGAAGAUUUCGAUGCAUGGGUUCCAGCUCGAGCACCUUGA